CUCUUGCAUUGCCUUUUUAAGGCGCCACAGCAUCCGCUCCCACCUCCGUCGGCGCUCGCUCCGCGUUGCCCCUUUAAUACCCGCUGCCUGCACAGCCCGGCCGCUGAGCGCCGCCGAGGAUUCAUCUGCUGCUGCUGCUGCUGCGAAAGAGAGAGAGAAGGAGGCGCGCGCCCCGACAGCAGCAUCCUCGCCGCGGGUCGAGGGCUAGCGACGCUGCCUUUCCGCCGACGGGCUUUUCCACCCACGACCGCCUUCCUGCAGCCGGGCGCGUCGCAAGCUCGCCGCCGAGGCCGUCGAUCGCCGCCCGCCGCCCGCCUGCGAGGCCCACCCGCUGCAGAAGCAGCAGCAGCAGCAGCGCCUCGUUCUCCUGGCGCCCCGGGGCAUGUCGUGAUGUGAUCGGUGGCGGUGGCGGCGCGUCCCUCGGGGCCCAUCCCGCUCGGGAGCCUCAGCAAGACGGAGAGGGCGGUGGAGCAGCGGGCCAAAGGCCGCGCCCCCAUGAAGGAGAAGGAGGCGGGGGCGGGCGGGGAGCGGGGCAAGCCGGCCACUUACACCGGGGACAAGAAGGCGCGCAUGGCGGCCAAGACCAACAAGAAGUGGGUGCGCCUGGCCACCGUACUGGCCUACGUCCUCUCCGUCUCGCUGGCCGCCAUCGUGCUGGCCGUCUACUACAGUCUCAUCUGGCAGCCCGUGCGCGGCGGGCCGCACACCCCGCCACAGCCGCCCGGGACGGCCCCCAGCCCCGGCACCGGCCCGCUCGCGCCCGACCCCGGGGAGACCACGAGGCCGCUGAACGGCGGAGGCGCCGCUGCCGUGUCGCCCACGCUGGAGCCCGACGCCUCGGCGCCGUAGGGACUCGAUCCGGCCCAGGAGGCCGGAGGCACAACCUUUCUCCCCGCCGCCCCAUCCCUCGACCGACCCCACCGUGCUGCACCGACUCCGGCGGAGACAGCGACUGCGGAGUACAGUACAAGGGAAGCCAUCCGACCGGGAGCCCCGACGGCCGCUGGAGCAAGCAGGGAGCCUGGACCCCCCCGUCGCCCCGGACUCGAGCGCGCGCUCUCGGCUGUGGACUCGGAAAGGCCGGGAGAUGACGGACGUUUCUCCUCCUGUCUUGGCCCUUGGCUUCCCCGCCUCUCUCUCUGGGACUCGAGCAGGGGAAACUGUACCGGUUUUUAGUUUUUACAAAUACGCUUUAUUAAUCCCGAAAUAAGUGGGGGGGGGGGAACCACGUGGAAUGGAGCUCAGGUAUGUCAGCCUAUCUGAAAUGUAUCCCGAGGCAUUUCCUUUGUAUCCCUGUGCAUAAACCUCUUUGUAUACAGAUCCCAUUAGUUAAUGCAUAGAGAGGACCUAUAUAAUCUAUAUUCUGUACACACGCGGACAGAGAGAAGGAGCAGGUGCUGAAUGGUGUUUAAAGGGCUAUUGGGGAAAGCUUCCUUUGCAAGUCACAGCUAAUCUGGGGUGGAAAAGGAUGCCCAGUUCCUUAAAGCCCUGGGUAUAGCACUGCUGAUUUGACCCUGUGCUUUAUUACUGCUUGCUCAGCACCUCUUUUGUUAAACCAUUCUUUUCCAAAUUGUAAGCAAGGAAGAGGCAUUCCGGUUAAUAUUUUGCUGUAAACAUGCCCGAAAGGAAUUCAUUCUGUGGUCAUAUUUCUCCGGCCUCAUGGCGAUGCUGCUUUUGAGAGUUAACCUUUGGUGUAUUUGUUCCUGACCUUUUCCCAGGCCAGUUACAUCAGAUUUGAGUUUCGUUUAACUUUCCUUCUGUUUCAGCUGUAUGCUGUCAUUGCUGCCAGUCCUAAAUUAUUUGACAUAAACUGAUAUUGCUGCUGGCCUGGAUGCUGACCUUCCCAAUUUGGGUUAACUCUACCCUGCCCACUGCAAAUGGUCACACACACACACACACUCAAACCGGCUUCCCAGCAGAGAAUGAGAGCAAGUGGAAACAGCUACCCUUUGGUCACGGUUUUUGUCUGGAAAUCCCCAAACCAUCCUUCUGCCACUUCUGUUCCCCUUGGUUGGUUGCAACUGCUGCUGGGGCUUCCAGAAAUAAAACAAUUGCAUUUUAAUGCCAUAGGACCAUUCCUGUAAGUGCAGACUUCACAAUGGUAUGAGCGAUUCCAGUAGUCUGAGCAUUGGAACAGUGAAGCAGCUAACACAACCACAUAGAAAUAUAUACCUGUAAAUGGCCAAGGUUAGUUUCCCCAGGACCUGACUUGAAUCUAGUCUCUUCUCUUGAACCUAUGCCAGAGGCCUAAUCUUUUAUAUUUUUAAACUUGUCUGUUAGGGAUUUGAAAUACAUUAGUGUAUGAGCUGACAACAUUGACGUUUUUGCUGAAGAAUCUAAUGAGAGCAGAACAUGGUUUAAAACCCACUGUAGUGCUUAGACAUAGCUGAUAUUCAGGUUUUUUAAAACAUGCAUUUUCCCUCCGUAGCUCAUAGCGUUUAGUUCUAUAGUUGAUCGUUUCCAUCACUUCGUACAGUACUCUUUUUCCCACAGGCGCAUAAAUCUUUUUGUCAGGAAAAGCAUCUGCACAAAGAAUCUUGUAGUCUCUUAAAACUUUAUUGCAUCGGGUAUAAUAAACACUUGAGUUUACCCCAGAAUAUAUUAGUCAGAGGUUCCACAAGCCUCUUGUUGAUUCCCCCCCCCUGGAAAAGAUAAAUAUGGCUUCCUCUCUGGAACAUGUGCAUUGCAAUGUGUCACACAUGUGUAUUGUCUGCUGUGGGAUGGCAGUUGCUGUGUAUAUCAGCUAGCUGAUCUGUGUUCCUGCAGUGAGUGACAAGGGGAUUGAUUUUUCCUUCCAAAAUUGUAACCCUAAGUUCACUGUGCAGCAGGAGAGGGGAGCUUGGAAGCAUGCAAUGCAAAUCCUAUUCAUGCCUGCUCAGAAGUAAGCCCCACUGCUUUCACAGUGGGAAUUAGUCCCUGGGUAAUGGUAUGUGUGAGCAGUCUGAACUAGUCUUGAGCACUGGUACCGGUAGCAGCAUGCCGGCCCAGGAAACCACUGGACCAGGGUGUUGUGUAGCUGUUCCCUGACUUGCUUUGAACUAAGCAAGCUUGCAAGCUGCCCCCUUCUGAUCAGCUGGAUCCAGUGGCUGAAGUAGCAAACAAAAAACAAAAAAGAGCAGCCGUGGUUUUUUUUUAAAGCUGAAGAUGUAAUAGUGAACUGACCACUGAUGGAUGUGUUGUUUUGGGGAGGCCACAGGCAUUUGAAUGAAAAUACAAGGUUUCCACCUUACCCCCCUUUAUUGAUUCAAAUAAAUAGAAAAAAAAUGUGCCCUUAGAGGGAUUUCCAGUAUAUUUUUUGAUAUGUUGUACAGUUAAUACUGCUAGUCAGACAUUUUGAACACGCAAGGACAAAUGUGUGAUACUUCUGAGUGAUUUACUCUGGGGGAAGAAACGAAAUGAAAUGUUGGCAAAAUUGCUUUGAUAUUGGGCUGCCAAGCCACUACCGGUAACCUUCUGUAAGGUUGUCACUGAACGUCAGGCUUGAAUAGGUUUAAGUUCGAAGUUGUGAACAUGCUCUAUGUCUAUAUCUAAUUCAGCCAUGUAAGCUAUGUCUGUAUUCAGAAGUUCUGUAUAUUUUUUAAAAAAUAUUUUUAAGGUGAAAAAAAUACACUGAGAGAUUUCUGCCUAAACUCAAAUGUUUUUGACUUGUUUUUUUAUUUAAAAAAAUCACAUUCCUUAAGAGAGUAUUACCCUUCCCUAUUUACUGAUGCAGAAAAUGGCAAGUAGCCUGUCAGCCUUACCCACCAUGGAAAAAAUUGCUUCCUCUCUAGAUUCUAGAUCCUCUUUUAACCAGCUGUUUGGUUUGCAUGUUACUCCAGACAUGAGGCUGGGGAAAUCUGAACAUUUAUGUGAUUUGGAGAUGACUGUAUGUUGCAGGGGUCAGGAGGAGAAGCGCUACAGUCAAAUGGCAGAAAAAAGAACUUUGUGGGCACAGGAACUCCAAUUAGCUUUAAUUCAGAUUAAAGCAAGCCUGGUUUUCUGUGGAUUAAGGGCAACCUGUUUGGGACUAGCUUUGCAUGUCUUUGAUCGUUGAGGGUGCAACUGUAAAAAGUUGAACUGUUUCGUGUGUUAUAAAAAAAUCCUACAUCCAGGCACUCAAAGAAAAUGUACAGUUAGCUUGUCGGUUGUUUUGUUUGAUGUCUGUUUGCACAGUGGGCCCAAUUGUGGCUUCCCAGUGGGCGGGUGCAGAGUGUGGGAAAAUGUGUGUCUGAUCCCACAUACAUGACUUUUUACAUGCCUGCUGCACGCUACUAACAAUUCAGAAGGUGAUGUGUGGGAGGGGACCAUUGUGGUGGCGAUGGUUUUGUGUUGCGGGUAGGAUUAGACUAUUGUGCCGUUUGGACCUCCGAGUUGGCAGGAACAGACUUGGUGAGAAAUGCUGCUUUCUCGAUAUGUUGAUCUGGGAUUCAUCUCUGCUCACUCUCAUCAAAUGGGAAUGAGUGGGAGAGGAAGGAAGGAAGGAAGAAGACUCAUCGCGUGCCAGGAUAGUUCAGUAUACUUGGAAACUGGGUUUAUGGGAAAUGUGCAUUCCCAAGAUCCCAUGGCACUUAAGAAAUCAUUCAGCUUUAAAACAUUUUUUUAGAAAAGACUCAAUAGGAAGCUGCUGUGGCUGGGACUGCUCUGUGAUUGGAGAUUCCUCAGAGGCUGUGGGAUGUUUGUGGGAAGACGGAAAGGGACUUAUGAGCAAACAUGUUUUCUUUUUGCAAACAGCUAAUGGCUUUCUUAAGUCUGCUGGGUAAAGCAGAUGGAAGGGGAAGAGAAGUGAACUAAAUUAAAUGAGCACUGCUUAAUGUUCUCGCCACUUUGUCAGAGAGAACCUAGAAUUCCUGUGUUUGGGCAUCUUUUCAUAUACAUUCAGAAUAAGGCCCUUUCUUGAAAAACUGCCUGCCAUAUAAGGGCAGCUUCACCCUAAAGUCCUGUCGACUGGCUGUUAACGUGUCAGCAAAUUCACUCUUCAAACAGGAGUUGAAAGCUACUUUUGUUUCUGACAUUCUAGUGACCAAGUAUGCACGACACAGCCACUCUCGUGUGUAGAAAACAUCUUGUCUACCCAUCACUGCUUGAUGAUGCACAUAAGAGUGCUAUAAAGCCGGUCCAUUUAUUUGCAAAACAGUUCAGGUUGGCGUGGAUCAUACUGUCAUAGAGAAAGUGUAAGCAAUCCCAUGCUAGGGAGGUAAGAAUAGUUUGAAAUCGUUGCGACAACCACCUUAAGGGCUGUCCCAUGGAAGAUGGAGCAAGCUUUCCCCCCCCCUCCUGCUCUGGAGGGUGGGACUCAAACCAAUGGCUUCAACUUGCAAGAAAGGAGAUUCCGACGAAACACCAGAAAAACUUUCUUUUCAGCAGUGGAAGACCCUUGGAAGGUGGUGGCCUCUCCUUCCUUGGAGGUUUAUAAGCAGAGGUAGGACGGCCAUUUGCCAUGUAUGAUCUAGUUCAGAUUCCUGCAUUGCAGAGGGUUGGACUGGCUGACCCUCAGAGACCCUUCCAACUCUACGAUUCUAUGAUUCCUUUCCCCCGAGCUUUUUAUUUUGCUGGGGUACUUCUGACAGGCAACACUGACAGCACCCCUUGGACUCAUGUGCCCAUUUGCCACCUGUUGCAUAGGACUGGGCAAUGGUGAAGUGGUAAAGCAUUUGCCUUGCAUGCAGAAGGUUCCAGGUUCUAUUCCUGGCCUCUUCAGGUAGGUCUGGGAGUGUUCCCUGUCUGAAAUCCUGGAGAACUGCUGCCAAUCAGGGUAUAGAUGAUUCUGAGCUAGAUGGACCAGUGGUCUUGUUCCUGAGCUGCUGAUUGCGGCAGGUGAGGUGUCAAUAGUUCAGUCCCUAGGAGGUUGGACCAUAUCCCCUGGCUGCAUCCCAAGUCAACUGACCAAGGUCUUGGUAGGGUAUUUGUUCUCAAAACCAGGAACACCGUGAACAUUAUGGGGGACAGGCAGGUUCCGUCUUUAUGCUGACCAUAGGAAGCUAGCUGCAUGCAUUGCACAGCCCAUAACAAUCCUAUUUUGGUUCACAAAAUUAUAGCCACAUGGGUAUGAUUUUAGGGUAGUUAUUAACUAUGACACAUUGCAAAUUCCUUCUUUGUGAGCUUGGCUGCUUUUCUCCCCAAAAUACAGCUAAAGAACAUAGGGUUGAGAUAUGUCAUGGGAGACUUUCAAGAUAAUUGCCGUGAAUUUCAUGGCUGUGUCAGAUGAUGAAACUGGUUAAAUCCUUUGUUGAUUCUUUGUAAACAUUCCUUGUGAACAGGCGUGUCUUGCUGUCUAGACCUUCUUUUCCUGCCUAGGUUGGUGCUUGGGAUGC